AUGUGUUUCAAUAACAAGGAAACCGCAAAUGAAGUGGAAACCGAGAGGCAAGCGUUUGGUUCAUCUGAAGAAGAUGAAUCUCUAGUUGGAGAUACCGCUGGAAGUGCCAACAAUUUGUUACAGCUUUCUCAACAACAACAACAGCCGGUAGCUCCUCUUGUGAAGUGGGAGAGGUAUCUCCCGGUUAGAUCGCUUAAAGUUCUUUUGGUGGAGGAUGAUGACUCAACUCGCCAUAUUGUUACUGCCCUUUUGAAGAACUGCAGCUAUGAAGUUACUGCUGUUUCGAAUGCUCUUCAAGCCUGGGAAAUCCUAGAAGACGAGAACAGUUGCAUCGAUCUUGUCUUAACAGAGGUUGUCAUGCCUGUGCACUCUGGAACUGGUCUAUUGUGCAAGAUUAUGAGCCAUAAGACACUUAAGAACAUCCCUGUCAUAAUGAUGUCAUCUCAUGAUUCUAUGGUUCUGGUCUUUAAGUGUUUGUCGAAUGGUGCUGUUGAUUUUCUCGUGAAGCCCAUUAGAAAGAACGAGCUAAAGAAUCUUUGGCAGCAUGUGUGGAGAAGAUGUCAAAGCUCUAGCGGUAGCGGAAGUGAGAGUGGGAUACAUCACAAGAAGUCGGUGAAAACUGAAAGGUCAGAAAGCGAAGCCAGCAUGAGUGAUGAAGUUCACGGGAAUGAAAAUGGGAGUAAUGGAUUGAGUAACCGAGAUGGUGGGAGUGAUAACGGAAGUGGGACUCAGAGCUCUUGGACCAAAAGAGUCGUUGAUAUCGACAGUGCCUCGAUAGCAUCGCCUUCACAUCAAUUACCCGAUGCACCCAAUAUUAAUCCGGGAACAUUUGGCAACACGAAUGAAAAAAUAGACUCUAAUUCUAUAGAUGAUAUUGCUAUAGGCACAGAUUCACAGGCAGGAAUGUGUAUGAGUAAGAAAGCUGAAGAACCAGAAAAUCUGGAGAAGGAUGCAAAAUAUUCUAUUCAAGCUUUGGAGAGAAACAAUGACGACAUGCUGAAUCACUCUUCUGGUAACUCACAAGUAGAAAGCAAAACACCUUCAACUAAUCCAGAAGAUUUGCAAUCACUCGAGCUAACUCUGACAAGACAAAGAGAGGCUGGUAAUCAAAGAGUUCUGAGGCAUUCUGAUCACUCUGCAUUCUCAAAAUACAACAACACUGCUACUUCUGCUAAUAAGGCUCCAGAAGAAAAUGUGGGAAGUUGUUCUCCUCAUGACAGUUCCGUUGCAAAAAUGAUGGGUUCGAGUUCGAGCAGUGAUAAUCCUUUGAAUCAACUGUCUAGUGGAAGCGAACGGGCGGCACAAAGAGAAGCUGCUUUGAUGAAGUUUCGCAUGAAACGAAAAGAGCGAUGUUGUGAGAAAAAGGUCAGGUGCCAUAGCAGGAAGAAACUAGCUGAACAACGGCCUCGCGUCAAAGGUCAAUUCAUUCACAAGAGGGAUGAUUCUAGAUCGGAAAAUGAGUUUCCGAGCAGUGACGACAGUUGA